AUGAAACAAUUAAGCGCUCUCGUCAUUUUACUUUUUACUGCUAUAGCACUGACCUAUGCCAGUGUAAUCCCAGGUUUUCUUCUUCAAGAUGAGGAUAGUUACGACAUUGUGACAGACCAAUCAACGAAGCUAAUCACCAACUGUGGAAAUGCUAGCGAUUUAUUAAAAAUUGAUUACAUAAAUCUUAAUCCUGACCCACCUCUGAGAGGUACAGACCUUGAGAUUGAAUUCAAAGGCUUUUUGAAAGAAACCGUACCCGAAGGUACCAAAGUUCAGAUCAUGGUUAAGUUCGGUGUUGUUAGGUUAUUACAGAAAGAGUUUGAUUUCUGUGACAAAAUCCAAGAGAUAGGUGAAAAGUGCCCCAUUCCAAAGGGUGAAUUGAAGUUUAAAAAAGUGGUAUCUUUGCCCAGAGAAAUUCCACCUGGAAAAUACACUGUUCAUGCUGAAAUCUUUACACCCGCAAAGAAACGUGUUACUUGUCUCUUAGGUCAAACUGUAUUCCCUCGCUCACCCUUAUACUAG